GUGUGUGUGAGGAGUGUAGUGGCAGAGUGGACAUGUCACAGUUCACUCAGGGAGUUUAAUCAAGUGGGUGGACGUGGUCAAUAUUUGACUUUCUGGCUAAAAUGAGGACCUCGUUUAGAGUUUUGUUUUUGUUGACCCUCUUGGUGGUCUACUCUGAUGCUUGGUUCUGGGGCUGGACUGGUACUACAACUAUGCCCCCAACAGUGGACCAUGAGGAAUCUGGCAGUUCAGAAGGUAGUGGAGAACCUUCAUCAGAGAAUAUCGCAAUGGUUCGAUCUGAGAUGAUCGAUGAGGGACAAGGGAUCCAAAAGGUUGUGCAGACAUGGGACCAGACCACUGAGGGACUUCGACUGACCACUGUAGAACCUACAACACAACCAGAGAGUGGUGGUACAUCAGAAAAGGGAACAGAAGGGAUUUCAUCACGCAUUCGUAAACCUGAAGAAAGUGGAGUCACCCUGCUCCAGCUGAUUGGGGACCCCCCCCCCAGCACCAUCACUCAGGUCUUUGGGCCUGACAGCAGCCCUGGCUAUGUGUUCGGCCCCGAUGCCAACUCAGGCCAGCUGGCCCGCGCCUACCUUCCGAGCCCCUUCUACCGAGACUUCGCCCUCAUCUUCAACCUGAAACCCACCUCCGAAAGGGGCGGCACCAUCUUCUCCAUCACUGAUGCCGCUCAGCAGAUCAUGUACGUGGGUGUGAAGCUGUCCGCGGUGCAGGGGGGGAACCAGUACGUCAUCCUGUACUACACGGAGCCCGACUCACAGCAGUCCUACGAGGCGGCCCGGUUCCUCGCGCCCUCCAUGAAAGACACCUGGACUCGCUUUGCCAUCGCUGUGAGGGACGACAAGGUGAUGUUCUACCUGAACUGUGACACGGACCCUCAGGUGAUGCGCCUGGAGAGAUCCCCCGAUGAGAUGGAGCUGGAGGCCGGCGCCGGGGUCUUUGUGGGGCAAGCUGGAGGAGCUGAUUCCGAGAAGUUUCUGGUGCGUAUGCAAGCUCAGUCCGUUAUCAACUAA